AUGCCAAAAUUCAAGUGUUCGAACUCCAAGCCUCCCGAAGAGUUUUGGAAAGUUCAGCCAACCUUAGUGAAAUUCGAACAGAAAAUGAAGGUUGCGGAAUCCAUGAAAUCAAGAAUGGGGCGCCCUAAGUACGAGAGCUUAUGGGAAAUUUCCCACAUUAAUCAUCAACGAUCAAGAUAUAUAUAUGACAUGUUUCACAAGAAAAGAAUGAUUACAAGACCAACAUAUGAUUGGCUGUUGAACCACAAAUACGGAGACGCUGAGCUUAUUGCUAAAUGGAGAAAACAGGGUUAUGAAAACUUGUGUUGCUUGCAAUGCAUUGAACGUUCUGACGCAAAUCGUACCUGUAUUUGCAGGGUUCCAAAAAGUAUAGAGACACAGCAAAAUCCAGCCUGCAAGUCUUGUGGAUGCCAAGGAUGUGCAAGCAGUGAUUGA